AUGUGGGAAGCAAUGAUUAGCUGCAAAAAGAAGUCGAUAGCGUGCCCUGUGCGAGGAUAUUACGCCAUAACGAGCAAUAAGUUGGUUCAUGGCGUCAAACUUCAGACAACCUUUCGGGAUUAUUACCCAUUGGAACCGUCCAAUUCUGGAAUAAGUUAUCUUGACCAAGUCACCCAGGCCGUCUUAAAAAUGGCGACCGCACCAGAAAAUUAUGUACCAGGUAUGAGAUCACAAUGUGAGCUAACAUGUUAUAACGUCGGUCCGGAGGAGGAAGUGACAAUAUUCUCAGCUGAUAAUAUCGGGCAAGUUAUCCAGUCUUUGCUAAUUCGAGUCUAUGACUAUAAUGAAGGAAAAUAUGCCAUUUCCCAUCACUGGGAGAGGAUAUUUAUCACAAUGUCGUGGGAUGGAAGGGAGUCUCAAGUCAAGGACAUCCCACUGUCAGGACUUUUUACCGUUGGAACAGGUUAUCUUCGCGAGGUGAACGGCUUAAUGGCGGGAAUGAGAAAAAAGAAGUGUAGCACAC